CCACAGUUUAGUUAGCUAUCGCAUUUCGUCUCACAAACAUUCGGGACCCUCUAGCGCAAUGAUGGCUGCAUGCCCACUCAUCUUGUUACUAAUCGCUACAGCUACUCUAAUCGCCGUAUCGAACUCCACCGACGACCUAAUCACUAUCUACCCUUUACAAAUAAGAAGUGAGCGUGACCUGCCAAACUGCGCAACUGCAAACACAGUUUGCAGCAUACUUCAAAGGAGAUACUGGCUGCCAUCUAUUCUCCAUCGCUAUUGUCGCUGCCCGGAGGGAGUCGAUUGCCCAGCUGACUGGACAGGAUCUGAUGACGUAGCCACCAACGUCACAUCGCUCGUGCGUGUCAUUAAGGGACCCAAAUAUUCGCUUCCACUAACUAAUCGGGCCCAAAUGAAAUUUUGCUCGUCGAUGAAGACGAUUGAAACUUGCGCAAUCAAUCAAUCUGCAGUCAACGUCAGAAUGAACGGCUCGAUACAGACGGAUCACUCACAAUUUCCAAGUACGCGCGUCUUAUGCAAAUGCCCUAGCAAUCACACGUGGCAGCAAAGUCCUAUGACUGGUGACGCAACCAGUAGACAGACAUCAUCCUAUACAUGCAAGCCCUUGAAACGAUGCCGAAGCCGGUCUAACUGUGGAGCAAUCACUGCCGAUACGUUUUCAGUUUAUCCCUACUGUCUGUGUCGAAGAGGAAGCGUGUGCACAAUUGAAAAUCGAACGUUAACCCAUGUCGAGGAGCUACACUACUCGGGGCCGGCCUAUCUUGGUGCCUGCAAGCCCUGACGACACAGGAAAAAUCAGAAUACUAUUAUCAUACCUGCGAAUAAAGAACUGCCAAAUUAACGACCCGCGGAAUCAUUUCUUCUUGGAAACUAUCCGGCAGAAAAACGUCAUCCACCAAGCCUAACGUUUUAGCUUGCGUUGCCGUGAGACGUCGUCCUUCGUGUACCAGCAAACUCAACUAAAAUGUUUGAAAAUAUGUUUAUACCGAAAAUAGAGUUACCAAACGUUUAAAAAUAA